AUGGCGAGACCAAAACAGACAGCGUUUAAGCGUCCCUCCAAAAAGCGUGCCGCCGAAGAACAGAGCGACUCUGCAGUCGAUGAACCUCAAAGCAAGAAAGUUAAGCAAGGCUUCGUCCUGAACACAGAGCCUCAGAAAGACGACGAUGGAAAUGCAUACUGGGCCAUCUCAUCCAAACGACGUCUGCAAGUUAGCGAGUUUAAGGGUGUCACUAUGGUAUCCAUUCGCGAAUUCUAUGAGAAAGAUGGCAAGAAUCUACCCGGAAAGGGCAUAUCUCUCCCCGUCGAGCAAUUCAAUGCAUUAUGCCAGCUUCUUCCACAAGUGGAAUCAGUUCUCAGUGCCAAAGACCUUGAGACCGUUCGUCCUCAAUACCAGGAUUCAUCAAAGACGUCCACCAGCACGAAGCUAGAUCGCAAGGCUGAGGAGAAGAAGGUAGUUGCAAGUGAGGACGAUGACGACGAUGAGCCAGAGAUCAUCAAACCAAUGGUAUCGACCAAGGACAAGCUGAGCAAAUUCAAGCUGAAAGCCAACCAUGAGGCGACCAGUGAUGAAGACGGUUGA